UACAUUAGUGUGCGCGGUUAUUAUUCAGCUGCGUGAGUAAAGUAGCCAAGCAAAGUUCAAAGUCCUCCUCCUCUGACUCUAUCAGUUCCAGCCGAGGUUAAUUUUAGUCGCCUGUGCGCGCGAAGAUCAGGACUGGAGGAAAAACGGUUACUUUGUAAAAAAAAAAAAAAAAAAAAGUUCUGCAGCUCUCUCCAUUCGCGGAUCAGGUCGGCGGGAUGUCCCUUCCCCUCAGCGACGACGCAGUGAUCUGACUUGUCUCUGCUGAGGCGCAGGAGGAGAGUCUCUGCUCGCACGGACAAAACUCUUCGUUCCCUCCCCGCGCGCUGCUCUCGAACUCCACGCACGCGACGGAGCAGAACAUGGCCUUCCUGUCCGGCAGAGAGGACACGUCUUUGAUCGUGACGGAGAGGGACCGCAAGGACGCGGCGGAGACAUACGCGUGCCCGACGAUUGAGCUGAGCAGAGCCGUGUCCGUGUCGCUGGGUCUGGACUCGGUGUCGUCUCCGCUCGGUAACAUGAACCCGGCAGGCGGCGGCGCGUACGCGGACUGCGACCCCACGGGCGGCGGGAACGGUUCCCGCGGAGCCGCACCGGACCUGCUGGGACCGCCGGGGAGUCUGGGCACGGGAGGGGGCAGGCUGGUCCCGGCUGACGGCAGCCUCCGGGAGGACGACUAUGGAGAGGUGUGCCAGGGCAUGCGGCAGGUGAGCUGCAUGGAUCUGUUCAGACCCGGACACAUGGACGGCGCGCACGCUGCCGUGACGCGCGGCUCGGUCAUCUCCAGAUUCGUCUGCAAGGAGUCCGGCGUGUUCGGAGAAGUCCCCGCGACCUCCCAGGUGACCGAGGUCGUGCCCCUGAAGCCGUACCCAGCUCACCCCGCCGAGUCCAGCCUGUACAGGGACGCGCAGGGGAGCGUGUGGUGCGCCAACGAGCGCGCGUACGGCGAGCCGCUCAGAUCCGACGGACCUGGCGUCUUGUGUAAAUACUGUAACUGUGCGCAGACCGCUUUGGGGUCCAGACAAGUCUGUAACUGUCUGUGGUUCAGGCGAGGGGGUGAGCCCGGGGGGAAAGGGGCCAUGCACGCGGCUGCACAGGCGUACGGCCAAGUGGAAAGUUACCCAGACGCAAACCCUCAAGGACAAACCACUUUUGCUUCUAUCAAGACGGAGCCUUCAGUUUGGGUGGACUGCACGGAUCGCAGCUUCAGGCAUGGGGACUUUUUUCCUGGUGUGUACCUGUCGGAGCGGAGAGUGUGUCAGGUGUGUGGUGACGACGCCUCAGGUUGUCACUAUGGAGCGGUCACCUGCGGCAGCUGCAAAGUGUUCUUCAAGAGGGCGGCCGCAGGGAAGCAGAACCACCUGUGCGCCAGCCGGAACGACUGCACCAUCGACAAGCUGAGGCGCAAAAACUGUGCGUCCUGCCGCCUAAAGAGAUGCUUCAUGUCGGGGAUGAGCUUAAAAGGCCGCAGGCUGAAGGGAGCCGGCCAGACGAGAAGCGGAGAGGAGGAGCAGCAGCAGCCUGCCAUCGCCUGGGGCCAUGGAGACAGAGAGGAGAGGGCAAGGAAGAAGGAUGUUGUCAUGGAGUCCAGAAAUGCUGCUGCCAGGGCUCAAGGACAUCAGUCCCUGCUUCUUGAUAUCCCCCCAACCCUGCGCUCCUGCCUGUCGCUGCUCAGCAUCCUUCAGUCCAUCGAGCCCAACGUGGUCAACGCUGGACACGACCCCGCCCAGCCCGACAGCCCGGCGUCCCUCCUCACCAGCCUCAACGAGCUCGGGGAAAGACAGCUGGUGACUGUGGUGCGCUGGGCCAAAGCAAUUCCAGGGUUCCGUGACCUGCAAGUGGACGAUCAGAUGUCAGUGAUUCAGCUGUCCUGGAUGGGGGUGAUGGUGUUCGCGUUGGGCUGGAGGACCUACACACUUACGAACUGCUCAAUGCUCUAUUUUGCUCCAGACCUGGUCUUCAAUGACCAGCGGAUGCAAGUGUCCAGUAUGUACGAACACUGUGUGAGGAUGAAGCUGCUCGCCCAGAGGUUCUGCAAGCUGGAGGUUACCGAGGAGGAGUUCCUCUGCAUGAAGGCCCUGGUCCUCUUCAGCAUCAUGCCAGUGGACGGCCUGAAGAGCCAGUAUUGUUUUGACGAACUGCGGACCUCCUACAUCAAGGAGCUGGACCGCUUGGCCAGCAACCACGGCGAGACCACCCGGACGCAGAGGCUGUUUCAGCUCACGCAACUGCUGGACUACCUCCAGUCGAUUGUCAGGAAGUUGCACCAGUUCACCUACGAUCUCUUCAUCCAAGCCCAGUCCCUGCAGAUGCGCGUCAACUUCCCCGAGAUGAUCUCGGAGAUCGUCAGCGUCCACGUGCCCAAGAUCCUGUCGGGCAUGGUCAAGCCCAUCCUUUUCCACGACACGGCCUAGUCGGCGAGCGCCUCCGCCGCCGGGCUGUUCGUUUGCGUGACGAGCUCCGACACUCAGAAUGCGUUCAUCCAGGAGCGACAAAAGAAGCUUCGAGGUUUAAUGAAGUGAAAGAAGCGUCAUUAGCUGUGGGUGAAGGAGAGGAUGGCACAUUCUUCCAGUGUUUUGUAAAGUAGCCACAUCUACCUUGCUCUUCUCACUGCCUGCUCACUGUAUCAAGCACGCCAGAUUGUUUUUUGUUUCAUUUGGGGAGAUGAUUUUUUUUUUUUAAAGCGCGCAUUCCUUCACUCGAGCCAGUGAAAGCCGGCAUGCAGACUUCUUCAGAUCUUGCUGAUUCCUGUCAGCUGAGACAUGAAGACAGUAGUGAGAAAAACAUGUUUGCAGAGUUCAC